CCCAGCAGCUGCCGCCUCGGGCGCUCCAAAGCAGCAGCAACGCGGGGGUGGGGGGCGCCGGAGGAGGAGGGCUGGGCGUUCAGCACACCGAGCAGACCGGGGCUCAGCAGACACCAAGCCUUUGCCCCCCCCCCAACCCCCCCUUAUGGCUACUAAAGCCUCCUCCCUCUCGGACGCCCUCUCCAGCGGUUUCCUGACCUGUACCAUAUGCCUGGAGCGUCUUCGCCAGCCCAAAAUCCUUCCGUGCCUCCACACCUAUUGCUAUGGCUGCUUGGAGAAGCUGGCGGGCGGCAGGCGAGAGAAGAAGCCGGAGCUGCAGUGCCCCGAGUGCCGAGAGUGGGUGCCCCUCCCGGGCGGUGUCAACAGCCUCAAGACCAACUUCUUCAUCAACGGCCUCCUGGACCUGGUCCGGCCCACGGGGAAGAGCGAGCCCACCUGCAGCCUGUGCCCACUGGUUGGCAAGGGAGCUGCCCAGCCGGCCGUCUCGCGCUGCUUGGACUGUGCCGACGACCUGUGCCAGGCCUGUGCCGGCGGCCACCGCUGCUCCCGGCUCACCCACGCCCACCGCGUCGUCGGCCUGGAGGGCUACCUCUCUGGGGAGCACGACGAGGAGGUCCGCGAGCGGCAGGCCUCCCGGUGCAAGGCCCACGUGGGGGAAGAGCUGAGGUUCUUCUGCACGCCCUGCGCCACGGCCCUGUGCCGGGAGUGCCGGCUGGGCCCCCACCUGCAGCACCCCUGCCUAUCCCUGGCCGAGGCGGCCGAGGCACGCCGCCCCGUCAUCGUGGGCCUCCUGUCCGGGGUGGAGGAGACAGUGUGUUGCAUGGCCAGGGGCCGGGCCGGCCUGGUGGCGGAGGUGGAGCGGCUGGAGGCGCAGGACGCCCAUGUCCGGAGAGCAGUGGAGGAGACGUGCUCCCAGGCGGUGGAGCGGCUGCUGCAUCGGCAGGAGGAGGUGCUAGGCCAGCUCUCGGAGUACGUGGAGGAGCGGAAGAAGGCCUCGGAGGCCCUGCGCUCGGAGCUGGAGCUGCAGGAGCAGGUGGCCUCCAGCACGGUGGCUUUUGCCCAGAAGGUGCUGAGCCUGGGCCGGGAGGCGGAGAUUGUCUCCUUGGAGCAGAUGAUCUCUGAGAGGCUGAGGCAGCUGCAGAGCUUCUCCUGGGAGCCCCUGACCUUCCGGUUGCCCCAGCUGGAAAUCCACCCAGACCUGCACAGCAGCCACAGCCUCUUUGGCCUGGAGUUCGGUGAGGACGGGAAGCCCCUGGGGAGCCCGGAGUGCCCCGAGGAGGAGGCCACCAAGGCAGCCAAGAAGAAGAAGAAGCUGCAACAGCCGCCCGCUGCGGAAGCAGAGGACCCUCCUGGCCAAGGCGCCCCCCAGCCACGUGUCCAGGCGGAAGCCCCUGUUCCUCUUCCCAGGGAGCCAGAAGCCCCCCACCUCGCCCCCAAGCCCCUCUUCUCCUGCAGCUUCUGGGUGAAGACCUCCACCGACAAGAAGCGCCCCCACGUGACGGGCCUUUGCCCAUUCGGUUCCAGCGAACUCCUGGUGGCCGACGAGCAGAACCGGAAGCUGAAGCGCUUCUCCCUGCAGGGGGACUUCAAGGGCACCAUCCCAGUGCCGAGCGACGUGGCCCCGUUCAGCGUGGCUGCCAUGGGCAGCAGAGUGGCCUUCACGGCAGGGUCGCAUCUCUACCUCUUAAAUGGGGAGGGAGGGCUCAUGUGGCAGAAGGUGCUCCAGCUGGGACAGGCCAGCCACGCGGUGGCCACGGUGGGUGGUGACCACGUGGCAGUGAGUGUGGCCGGACACCUCGAGGUGUACGACUUGGAAGGGCGUCUGGUAGAGAAGAUCGUGCCGGAAGGCAUCGCGGAGAGGUGCCUGGUGUUUCUGGCCAGCUGGAAGGGGGGAUUCGUGGCAUCUGACUGGUACCGUCGCAGUGUGGUGAUGUUCACCAGGAAAGGGGAACUGCUGGCUGAGUGGCGAGAGCAGCAGCUGGGCAAGUGCCAGCCUGGCGCAGUCUGCGCUGAUGCCACGGGGACCGUCUACGUGGUGCUGCGGGAGGUGAACAAGGUGAUUUCCUUCUCCAAGGGCAGGCAGGCGCUGGAGCCCUUCCUCGCAGCCGAGAACAGCAUUGACAAGCCACGGGUGGCCACGGUUGCUGGGGAUGGGCGCUUUGUGGUGGCCUUGAACAACGGGACGGUCCACGUCUUCAAGAUACGGUAUCAGGCCAAGUGAAUGGGGACUGGGGCAGGAUUGCGCUGGGGGAGCGUGGCCGAGCACGUGGCUUUUGGCGUGGGCUUGUUCCACGUGGGGGCAGGUGGCAGUUGCAGAGGCUGCCCAACCGGCAGAGAGGAGAUCGUCUACUGUCACUGAAGGCUUCCCACUGAGGGGCGGGGUGGGCGUGGCUACGCUGGCUUCAAACAUCCACUCUGCCUGUAAUUUUUACCCCUGUCUCGUGGUCGUGGUUCGCUGUGAGGUGGAUGUGUCUCUCCCCUGGGCAGCCUUGGUGGGUGGGUGGGAGCUGCUUUCAGCCUGCUUUGAGCAUAUAGCGCAGAUGUGUUCUGACAGAAGAGAGCGAGGGCGCACACCUCAGAGCGCAUCCCCGGAGAGAAGAGGUUGGUGAGGCCACGUGCUGUGCAGCCAAGGGGUGGUCACUAUCGCCAUGGCUUUCUCUGGGUGGGAGCUGCAUUUCAUUGCUGGAGGGACCUUGCGCCUGGAUGACUUUGCCUGGCAGAACGGAAGGGGGAUUUGGCUCCUGCUGCAGCAAGAACAACCAGGCUGGUUCCAAACGCAGCUCCCUUGAGAAGGUGUCUGUCUGGCUAACAACUGGAAACUCUCAGGGAAUGCCCGCACCCACCCCACUCCACAAACGUGCUGCAGGAAACCACAGUGGUGCAUCUAACGAAGAGACGGGAGUGGAGACACGUGUUUGGUUGCCCUAGAAAGCAGCCAAAUCACAGAGCUUCCGUAAGACAAAAGUAUUUAUUGCUGCAACCAUUAAGCAUUCGAAAAACGAAUGUGGAGCCGCAGUGAGUGGCACAAGGCCACGUGCCUCCUCUUGCAACAGCCCAUAAUGAGUUCCUGUCUUGGUGCCCCAGAAGUAGUGGUAAAACACUCACUUUCGGGAUCGCUUUGCUCUUCCACUGGGUCCAGCUUAGUUCCUUUGGCCUG